AUGAACCCGAAACGUCUAAAUGUACAAGUACGGUAUUUUUUAAGAUUUGCAUAUGUACUGCCAGGUUUUGCAUUAUUUGCAUGUAUUGGAUUAUCUCUAUUAAAAGAUUUUGACAAAACAACAAAGACACAUUGUAACGUUUAUAACUUUUUACCAUCGAUCAGUGCAUCGAUUGGCGAUUGUUCACCCCAACGUUAUAUAUGGCGUUUUUGUUUCGCAUUGGAUUCUGUGCCACGUUAUAUAAUUGGAUUUCUUCAAAUGAAUAAACUGCUCAGUCGUCGAGUACAAUUCCAAGAAAUCUAUGAAUUAACUCAAUAUUUUAACGGUUUUAUGCAUUUUUUAGAAUUAACAUUUUUACUAUUAUUAACUUAUGUUUCAUCAAAUGAAAUAAAAUGGAUUCAUGAAAAUUCAUUUAUUGCAUUUAUGACGAUGGCGAAUGAAGCGAUAGUAGGAAUUCUUGAUUAUAUUUGUUCUAAUGAUAUUAAUGAUUGCACUGAUCGCAAUAAUGUAUCAACAAAAUAUGUUAAACCAACAAAGGCCGAACGUCGCUCACGUAUGAAACAACGACGUCUACAAAGAUCAGAAUUGAAACCAGUAGGUUUUCGUAAAUCAAGUGAAAAUAUUGAUAAUAAAAAUAAUAAUCUCAAUUCAACAUCGAUUUAUUUUUUUGAAAAUGGCUUACGAAAAGUUUUUCCCUAUUAUUUUACGUGGUCUACUUAUGCUAAACAACGAUGGUAUGGGCGUACAAUAGAAGACAUAUUCACACAUGAAUUUCGACGUUCAAUAAAUAAACAGAACUUUGAGGACUUAAUUCACAAUGGUCUUAUACGUAUUAAUAAUAAAAAUGUUGAUAAAAAUUAUAUCAUGAAAAAUGGAGACCGUUUAGAACAUUUAACGCAUAGACACGAGGUACCAGUAAUUCAUCAAGACAUAAGUAUAUUAUGCGAUAAUAAGGAUUAUCUUGUGAUAGACAAACCAUGCUCUAUACCUGUACAUCCAUGUGGCAAAUAUCGUUAUAACACAAUAUUAGCUAUAUUAGCAUAUGACUACAACUACAAUAAUUUAAGAACAAUUCAUCGUCUUGAUCGUAUGACCAGUGGAAUAUUAAUAAUGACUAAAUCUGCUCAGAAAGCACGUGCAGUUGAUUUUAAUGAUCGUUCAUCAUCAUCAAUAGAAAAAUUGUAUUUAUGUCGUGUUCGUGGGAUUUUUCCAUAUGAAAAAAUUAUUUGUGUUAAUAAACCACUUGAAACAAUUUCAUUUCAGUUAGGUCUAUGUAAAAUAGGUGGUGAUAAAGAAUGUAAAACAUUAUUUCAACGUAUUACAUAUGAUGAAUUACUUAUAAUGAAAGAUAAAUUUAUAUUCGACAAUAGUAGCGAUCAAGUGGAAUUAAUAGAUCAGACAAUAAAUAAAUACUUAGAUCAAUCAUCAACAGCCACUAGUUUAGUAUUAUGUCGUCCUUUAAGUGGACGAAUGCAUCAAAUACGCGUUCAUUUACAAUAUCUUGGUUUUCCCAUUGUCAAUGAUCCUCUAUACAAUGCACCAGAUAUUUGGGGACCAAGUAACGGACAAUAUGCAAAUUAUGAACAUUCAAAUGAACAUGUAAUCGGUUUAUUUAUAAAUCGACAUAGUUGUGAAAAUUGGCUUAUGAACGAAAUUGAAGAUAAUGAGAUGAUGUUGAGCAAUCAAAAUGAAGAGAUGAACAAAAAUGAAAAAACAAAUAAUAAACGCGUUCAGUGUGAAGAUGAAAAUAAUAAGAAUGUUAAAAAACCAAAAUAUAAAAGUGAAAUUGAUGUUAAUGAUGAAAAUUCAAUAAAAAAUUAUAUCACGCAGCAUUGUUAUGAAUGUCAAAAUAAUUUUCGUGAGCCAACACCAAGUGAUUUGCUCAUGUAUUUACAUUCAAUACAAUAUAAGUUGAAUGAAGAAAAUACAUUUACAAGUAAUAUUCCAGAAUGGGCAAAAAUAACUUCUUCCACUUAA